CGGAAAUUACUAUAUUGCUUCGGUCAAGCUUUCGAGAGCUCCUGUUGGUGACGACACAGCCAGCAAACCGAAAAGUCACUGAGCGGGCGAUAAGUUUUGAGACUUUCUUCCUUGUCUAGCGGCGGAAGAGUUAAUUGCAAUGUUUUGAUCGGUACCCCAAGCUUUUCCAAGGUUGAUCGGUACCCCAAGCUAUUCCAAGGUGUCAUUAUUUUGAGACAAUAUUUGUGCAUCGAUUUUCUUUCGCAAAAAAAAAAUCUACCAUGAAACUUCCUUUUCUCGUGGCAUCAACUUUGGUUUGGAGGUUGGUCAUGGCGGCCGACUGUGAGCUUAGCUCGACGUCGUCAGCUCCCAUUACUCAGAGCUUAAGCGGACUGUCAGCUGUUUCCUUCCAAGGGUUUAAGCCCUUGAUCAACCGUUUUGAAGGGGAGCCUCUGCUCAAGAUUAUCAGGUGGAGCACUGACCCUAUCGUAGAAAUUUCUGGCAACAAGCUUGUUGUCUCCAAAGCAUCUUGCGACUCUUCGUCACUUCCAGAAUCGUCUUCGACUCUUCUAUCUAAAAUAAGCUUGUCGUUGCUUGGCACUGCCAGCUUACUCACUUUUCUUGGAGGUCCAACAGCAUCAAUUCUUAGUCUGGGGUUCGCAGUGGCUACAGGGGCCUACAUACCCGCUGCUUUUGCACAUGGGGACUCUUGUGAUGCUGUUAUUGAGGUGGAAAUCCACGGGCCAGCUAAGUCGAAUGGGGCUAUAUACAUGGAGGAGAUGAUUCUCGUUGACGACUAUGACGGCGAAGAAGAUUCCUUGCACUUUACCGCCGACCCGGCUUGGGCCUUGCGAGUCAAUGCGAGCCGCAAUUUCCGUCAAACUGCCUCAGGAUCCGUCUACAACUACCGCAACAAGACAACUAUCCUCAACCAACCACCCUCGGUGACGGCGAAAGACGAUGUAGUUUUUGAUAUUCCGGCAAAUGUUGUUCGUCCUGACACCGACGAAGAGAUUUUGAUGCUAUCUGUUCUAGAAAUGGCAGCCCUCCUCCGCCAAGGAAGUUUGACGUCUGUUGAGCUCACUAAUAUGGCUUUGAGCAUGCUCGAAAUGUAUGAUCCUGAGUACAAUAUGUUGGAAGUGGAGCUUAAAGAACUUGCUUUAAACGUCGCUGCCGAGGCGGAUGCCAUGUUUGCCAAUGGCACAAUCGUUUCCGAAAUCCAAGGCAUUCCAUUUGCUAUUAAGGACACGUACGAUGUGAAAGGCUAUGCUACCAUGUAUGGCUCGUGGGAGUUUAUGGACAAUAUCCGGGAGGAAGAGUCCCCUUUGGUAACGUACGCUGUCCAGGCUGGUGUGGUGCCUCUUUUUAAGUCAUCGGUUCCACAACUGACUUGGGGAACUGCUAAUUAUAAGGGUACAGUGUAUUCUUGUCUCAAUGGUGGAUACUCGGCUGGGGCUGGUGGUUCAGGAGGAUCUUCUAUUGGUUCAGGAACUGCCGUUUGCCUAGGGGUUGUCCCGGUUGCAAUCUGCGAGCAGACGGGCUCUUCUUGCCAGUCACCAGCAAUUGCCAAUGGCAUUUCCACCAUCAUUCCUGCCCUUGGAACAUUUUCUCGAGAAAACAAUGGGUUAUACUCGUUUGAAUCAGAUCGUCCCGGCUUGCUCUGCCGAGACUUGAUGUCUUGCGCCGUGUUUUACAACCGCAUGAGAGGGAAGUCUGCAGGUGAUCUGCAGUCUCGCGAUGUUCCUUUUGCGGAUCCUUCCAAAGAGGACCUCUCCACGUACUCUAUUGGUUUUGUGGAUAAUUCAGACACGGACGGUUGGCCGUUGGCUUGGGACACUCCAUUCAAAGGGCAGCGCAACAAUGUCGUGACGGCACUACAAGCCUUCGGUGCUGACGUGAUUACCGAAGACAGUAUCACCAAUUUCAUGCAGCCAACACAGUUGUAUACAGAUUUUAUGGAAUCAAAUAUUCGCAAUACUGUUUCUUUCGACUGGUAUUGGUUGAAUGUUGAAGGAUUUUUCGAGGAAGUCUUCAAAUAUGGGGCGGAGGAAGGGGCAAUGGCCUACGGCCCGGUUUGGGUGGGACAAAACUUCAAUUUUGACAAUGGUUCCCACCGUAGUCAUGUAGGGGCAUCUGCCUAUGCGUACUUGGAUAGCCUCUGGCUGUUUGGCUACGCGGCCGAAAGGGCAAUGUAUCCCAUGUUGCAGACAAUGCCAGAUGUUGUUGUACACUUUGCCCAGUCCGAACUGAAUGGGGCGUAUGAUGGCAACUUGAUCAAACGGGCCGGGAUUAAUACAGUACACAUUCCGGAGUUUUACUGGAAUACCACCAACGAAACUUUUGUCGAUUGGACAGGAUCUCGUCCCAUUGACUAUUAUGAAGGUACAACGGUGAGCGCAGCCAUGAUUACUUGCGAGUCAAAAAAGUAUGAACCUGUCAAGGCACUUGCGGUCUGUUACCAACUCCAGCAAAGUCUCGUUCCGGGUGGCAAGCUUAUUUCACCCAACAAGGACAUUAUUCGUGAGGCAUUGCAAUCGGGCGCGCAUGACUUAGACUGCCCUUACGAUUGGUCCGACAAGCGCCCAGGGUAUUUGGACAGUUAUCCGGUAGAUGUGCGCGAAAAUGUUGUGUCAAAGCUGGGCAACAUCGGGAACCGUCCCACUUGCCCGGCCCCCGGAGU